AGUGCACAUGUGAACAACCUUGGCGUAAAGCUGCCAGAUUGUCCAGCUGAGAUUAGAUGCUGCAGAACGCAGAUCUUCUUGCUGGUCACUGCUCACUAACUGACGGGUGAUCAUUCUGAUGUCAUGCCAGGGACUGCUCGGUGCAACCAUCACGUCACUCCAAAGAGGAGAGCUACUAGUAUAGCUCCGGAGCUCCCAUAGCUCCCUCAGACGAACAAGUCUUGACCUCUACACAGUAUCUUUCGGCAAAUAUUGUUGUUCUUGCGCCUCCCAAAACCUGGACUGAGUGAUAGUCGAACAACAUGGCUGAACACGACAAGUUCGGCUCCCAUUGGGGGUCCAAACCCAACAAUCCAACCACCGAACCAGUUCCAAUCCCCGUGCCUCGAGGCUCGGGAGCUGAGCAGGACCUCUGGGCCACUCAUCUCAGCCGUCAGGCACAGCGCAGCGGCCCAGCCGAAGACGCAUCCUUCCGCGUCUGGACAGCCUCUGGAGCUGAGCAGGACCGGUAUGCCGCUCACUGGAGUCCAUCGGCUUCUCGCAACGCCGAGGCCGAGGGGCUCAGCGUCCCAGUCUGGGCCACGUCCGGCGCCGAACAAGAUCGAUAUGCAUCCCACUGGAGCCGAGGCGAGGCAAACAACCCUACGAGCAGCCGAAUUGGGAUUCCCAUCCGGGGGCCAAGCAGUGGAGCCACAGAGCAGGAUAUAUACGGCGCCCAUUUUACACGUGACCGGUAUAAUGUUCCACGCGACCUCACAGCGAUUGGAAUCCUGCGGGACACCCUUCUGCCUUCUCUUGGCCUUCACUCGGGUCUCAGCAUUGCUGCCUAUACUGCUUCUCGGGUCGCCAACCGCGUCGAUGGAAAGGACUGGCUCUGGCCUGUUGCUCCGGUUGCGAAUGCUUGGUGGAGUGCCGUUGGUACCCGUGUUAUCUAUGAUGGCGUGUCUGUUGGUUCUGCUCUGUCAUCCCUGGUCUACCCAGACAAGGUCCUUCUGGGUGGAAUCACGGCUUGGGGCGCACGUCUCUUCUACCAAGUCGCCUCCCGAAGCUCAAAGUCAAACUCUGACGACGGUCGAUACCUUGCGGAAAAAAAGGACCCUGGUUUCUGGAACAGAGCCCUUUUCAAGUACUUCCUCCCUGAGGCUCUCAUACAGGCUGUCAUUUCUCUACCUUUCACGCUGUCUUUGCAUAACCCAUAUGCUAGUGCUCGUCAGUCUCUUUCGGCUCCUCUUGAAUGGGCUCAUGACCUCGCCGUCUUCGUUUUCAGUGCUGGAUUUGUUCUUGAGGUCCUUGCGGAUUAUCAGCUCAACCAACACAAGAAGAAGACUGGUAAUGACACCUUGAACGUCCAAGGCGUCUGGAGCAUUGUUCGGCACCCCAACUACCUUGGAGACGCGCUUGUCCACUUCUCAUUUCCUCUCUUCCUCUGUGGCUCUGGCAAGCUUCACCCCUUAACUUUACUCGCACCUGCCGCCAACUACGUAUUCCUGCGAUAUGUGAGCGGCGAUGCUCAGAAUGAGGCCUACCAGGAGGAGCAGUACGCCAAGUCCAACGUACUCAAGGCCAAGGCGUUCGCCGAGUACAAGGCAACCAAGAACAGCUUCUGGCCCAAGGCCCAGGAAGCCGCCAAUCCAUGGACAUUGACAGUGGUUGGGGCCGGCGCCGCUGGUCUGGUGGCUGAGCGGGCUGUGCGGCACUUUGUCCUGCAGCCCUGAAUAUUGGAGUCGCUCGACUUUGCGCAAGCAAACCUUAUUUGAUAAGGGAUAAAGGUAGGCCAAAAAUAGGAGAGUCUCCGGGCCCAAUAUUGUCCCGAUGUUGACGUAUAACUCACCUAUGUGGAUAGAUAGUUAUUAAUGGAUUUACGAUGGCUGCACACCGUGCCGCUGCGGCCGAUCAGAAGACAAGCUCAUCCCUUGACUCGUGCCCUUUCUAGAAUCUGAGCGUCUGACGAUUACGGCCGCAGUGACUCCUGGAUGGCCCUUGUUUCAACGCUUUCCUACAGAAGCAACUCAUUAUUCCCGGCUUGUCUCCCGGUCUUUAGAUGUGCGUCCCGUUGAAGAUUCCAAGGUUUUAGCUUCGACCAGUGGCGGCCAUUGGCUGACCACCAAUCGCCCUCUGACCCUAGAAGCAACAUCAACAAAGUUGGCAUUGUCGCAUCGAACUGCCGGUAUCUGACUCGUGGGCUGCUGCAUCGGGCAGAUGGCUGCCGCGUGUGGCAAGUGGCACACUGGGUCGACAGAAUGCGCAGCAGCCCAAAUGCCGUCGGUGAAAGCUCCGCAUUGUGCAAAUGAUUUACCUAUUUCAAAUCUCUCGACCGAUCAUUCACUACGGCUGUAAAAGCGAGGAGCGUCUGAUGCUCUGACGUCUGCGUUUUCUCGUCUCUUGUUGUUUACUUUCUCAAUCAACCUGGGCGGAGCAUAGCUGUGGGAGGCCCACGAUGCGCUGCUGCGAGCCCUGCAGCUCUGCCCAGGUGUUUCACGCGCGAUGAAGAGCAUGCAGAUAACGGGGAUCUUGUCCUUGGCCAUACCGUGGUUGCUAUCUACAGCUGCGAUUACAUUACGCUUUCUCGCCCGACGCAUCACCAAGACCCGGCUGUGGUGGGAUGACUGGGCGGCACUAUCUGCCUAUGUGAGUUUCCGGACUUGGCCAGUCGCAUGGCCACGAAUAAGAACAACUGUGGUUGACCAGCCUGGACGCUGCGCAGGUAUGGGCAAUCGGAAACAGUGCCUUUGGUAUCAAGUGGGUUUGUGAUGGCCUCGGUCUGUAUAGGACUGAUAUCUGGUGGAUGACACCAAGCCAGUCGCUGGAGGCUGCGCGACUGAACCUCUUCUUUCUUGGAGUCUUUUACGCACUUGCUGUCGGCUUCGCUAAGGUUGCCGUGCUGGCCCUUUACUGGCGGAUGUUUUCGCUCGGCCGUUU